AUGGACCCUAACGAGAAGCCUCCAGUCGAUGAGUACCCCACCUCCCCUCCUCCCCCUCACGACAGCCUCUUCCCCUUUCUCUCCUCCCCCUCUCCAUCUGCCAGCCUCGCCGUCCCUCCCCCUCCCCCGGCGUACUCUGCCCUCCCGUACCGCGAUAUCGAGUUCGACUUUGCCCCCAUCCUCAAUGGCAAAGUCGGGGACGUCGAGCUGGAGACGACGGACGGUAAGCGGUUUCUGGUGCACCGGAGCGUGCUAGAGAGCGAGACUGUCUUCUUUCACAUUUACUAUGGCUUUGUCCCUGCUUGGCGCCUCAACGUGACCGGCGCGGCAGCUGCCAAUCUCCCUCCGAACCCUCACCUGCCCAACCCUGUCCAGCCGCAGAACGCAUUGGGCCUGAGCAAUCUCAUCCCCCAGAUCAUCACCUCAUUGCGGCACAUCACCGCCCCUCCCGCCGCACAGACAGACAACCCCACAUCCGUCUCUCCCCAUACGACAUCUUCGCCCGCCACUGAGCCAGCGCCAAUUCGGGCGCCGUCUCCCCCGCCGAAGCAGGUCAGUGCCCCUACUCCUACCCAUUCUCCCUACACCUGGUCCGUCCCCGAGACAUCCUCCACCCUUCUCGCCUUCCUGUCCCUUAUCUACCCCUCGGGCUUCCUCACGCCCACCCGCCAGACCCUGCUCACCUCGCCCGAGAUCGUCGGCCGCGUCAUCCGCGCUGCGAUGGGCUAUCAGUCCGCCAAGGCGCUUACGCUCUCUCGAGACCGACUAUCCGCGUGGGUCCAUGAACGCCCCGUUGACGUAUACGCUAUGGCGUCCUUCUUCAAGUUCUCGGAUCUCGCCAUCCUCGCCAGUGGGCACGCGAUGAAGGUGCCCCAGACCGAGUGGUCCGAGGAGGCUGUCAAGAUGAUGGGACGUACCGCCGGGGCGAGGUUGCGCUUCUUGCAGGAGAAGCGGGUCGCGGUGCUGAAGCAGAUUCUCGAGGGCGGAAUGGAGGUGGAUGAGCAUACGCCUCUGUGCGCCAUGCAGGUGUCGAUGGAGGGAAUGUGGGCGGAGAGGUGUGCGGCGCUGGCGAGGGACAUCAGGCCGGAGAGCGGAUUGGGCGAGCUGCUCGAGACGGACCUGACCGCGAUGGGGCAGGGUCAGGCAUGUGGUCAGUGUCUCCUGCUGUUUGGCCGGAGUGUCAGGCGGUCCAUGCUUGCUGCACAGGAGCUGCCCAGUACCAUUUGA